AUGGCAAUCGGGUACAUCCUCGGCCUUCUUGCCCAGACUCGGCUGGGUUUUGCGUCUGAAACCUCCAUAACUGCGGGAUGCAGUCAAGCAUGCUCUCAACUGAUGGAGGAGUUCGGCUCUGCCGUACAUUUAGGUAGCAACGAUCCUUCCUUUGCGAUAUGGGACAUGAAGCAGCAGGAGGUUCUCCCCGCCUGCCGCGUAGAGCCGGCUACCGCGUCUCAGGUCUCGAGAGUCGUUGAGAUCACUGUCAACAACUGGUGCCGAUUCGCGAUCAAAGGCGGGGGACACAUGACAAAUCUGGAUGCUUCCAACUCAGUCGGCGGUAUCACGAUCGACUUGCACCUCAUGGACCACAUUGAGAUUUCAGAAGACCGCACCAAAGCUAAUCUCGGACCUGGUCAUGUUCUUCGCAACGCUUAUUUGGCACUGGAGAAGCAUAAUCUCACGAUGGUUGGCGGGAGAACUGCGGAUGUUGGACUUCCCGGAUUCACGAUCGGCGGCGGACUCUCCGAUCUUGGACCGCAAUACGGCUUGGCUGUGGAUAAUGUGUGGGAGUAUCAACUUGUGCUGCCAAAUGCCACCAUUGUCAAUGUCUCGGAGACUGCCCACCCAGACCUGUACUUUGCUUUGCGAGGGGGUGGUAAUAACUUCGGCAUCAUCACCAACUUUCGUUCGCGGCUUGUGCCGCAAGGACAGAAAUGGGGUGGUGCAAGGACCUAUCAUACUAACUUCACCGACCAGCUCGUUGAUCAGUCUUAUCAACUUGCGACCAACUUAGCUGCCGACACAUACAUGUCCUUUUGGACUCGCAACUCUUACGAUGUUGCCAACGGCCGAUUCAGCAUGAGCGUCUCGCAAGCGUACUAUGAACCUAUCGUCGAACCACCUGUCUUCACCGAGUUAAACAAAAUCCCUUAUGAGACGAGCAAUCUUCGAGUCGAUUGGAUGAGCAACCACAGUCUUGACAGUGUCUCUCCGCAUGGACUACGUCGUGUCUAUGCUUCUUUCACUUUCCGCCCUUCCCGCGUUCUGCACAAGCAGUUGAUCAACAUUUACUCAGAAGAGAUUGAGGGCGUCAAGACCACUCCGGGUCUCUCGUCCUCGCUUGUUGUUCAGGCCUUGCACAAGAAUGCUAUCGAUGCCAUGAAGGUCAGAGGAGGAAACUCUCUCGGAGUCGAGUCCGAUGGCCCGCUGAUGAUUGCGCUUCUCACUCUUGGAUGGUCCAAGUCGGAGGAUGAUGCGGCCAUGUACGCCUAUGCCGACCGAAUCAUCAACCGAGGCAAGGCAGAAGCCGAAUCGAUGGACUUGCUGCAUCCUUGGCUGUAUAUCAACUAUGCGAAUCACAAUCAAGACCCAUUUUCAGGAUACGGAGAGAAGAAUAAGAACAGGCUCCAAGAGAUCCAGAGAUUAAUUGACCCGCGGGGAAUCUUCACUUCCCAAGGCCUGGUUAGAGGAUCGUUCAAACUGAACUGA